UUUCACAAGUCAUCCACUCAAAGCCUCCAAAGAUGAAGACCUUCAGUGUUGCAGUUGCAGUUGCCGUCGUGCUCACCUUUGUUUGCCUUCAGGAGAGCUCUGCUGUCCCAGUCACUGAAGAGCAAGAGCUGGAGGAGCCAAUGAGCCUUGAACAUGUGGAGAUGCCAGUGGAAACGUGGAAGAUGCCGUAUAACAACAGACUGAAGCGUCACAGCAGCCCCGCUGGCUGUCGCUUUUGCUGCGGUUGCUGUCCUAACAUGCACGGAUGUGGUGUCUGCUGCAGGUUCUGAGGAUUCUGCACCAGCCUGGAACUUCCACAACAACCACUGAAGAUUAAUUUAU